GGUUGCGUUGGUUUGUAUGCUUGAUGCAACGACAUCUACAUCAGUUAAGCCAGAAUUCUGUUACAGAUUCUUCAUGUACCACAACAGCAAAGCUGGAUGUUGCUUUAUUCGGUUUUACGACACCUAACAGUGUSGUGCAAAAAUAGUCGUCAGUGGUUCGAUACUUCCGCAUCCAAAACACUCCAAAACCUCUUAUCGAUGUUAAAUCCGUUUCGACAAUCUUUAGGGCUAAUCUUCCCAUUUUAAUGAUUUGCAAACCAUUAGAACAGCCCAACAGGUCUCUAGACCGUUUAAGACUUCUUGCGAUUCUGGCUUUCUACUUGGCUCUUCUUAAGGGACUUCAAGAACCGUCUUGCUUGCUUGGCUUAAUUCCCAUCCGUCUCUCUUCCGUUCGUUAGUUUACAUUAUCAACUUAUUACAAACAGAUUUCUGCUUGUUGACUGAUAUUAGUUGUUUGGUAAUUACGUCAAAGCUUUUUAGCGACCGGUGAUUUGGCAAUCGCAGAUUUAUAUCAUAAGGACAAGGACACGCAAGCGGAAGGUUAUUAUUGCCAGGAAUAGCAGGGAAUACGAGAGAUAAGAGACGCAAGUAUCGGCAAGCUUUGACUGUACAUUACGAGGCGCUAAUGAGUAAAGUAAGAUGAUCUAAACGAAAACAAACAAACAAUACACCCAAAAAAAUCACAAGAACAAACCGCAAAUAUCGAAUGGAUGAAAUGAAAAAGUUGGUUUGAAAUUGAAAUUCUUCUAAGAUAACAAUCAGAGUAUUCAAAUAAUAUCAGAGUAUUCAGAGGACAUCGCACAACCAGAUUAUUAAAAGAGCAUUUCAAAGGACAUCGCRGAGGUGAAAAAACCACUUGUUAAGACACGAAAAAGCUAUCACGCUCGGCAUAAGCUCAGUGCAUUUGGAAAGGAAGUUCGUCUUCAAAAAUGACAAUGUCUGAAACAAUUCUGACGGUUUUAUUCGCCAUUAAUUCAGCGACAGGAAUAGUAUUCAAUGUUCUUGUAGUUGUUGUAAUUCUCCGUACCAACUCGUUAAAAACUCCGAUGAAUUACCUAUUGCUUAACCUAGCCAUUAGCGAUAUUAUGAUUUCAGUGUUUGUUCUCCCUCGUCAUGUGUUUUUUGGUGCGUUCAACCAUCAAGAAGACUCGAGGAGUGAUUUCUUGUGCAAGUUUAUAUCUGGAGGAGUUUUUAUUKGGAUCGGGGCAACUGCUGAAGGCUACACACUUAUAACUAUAGCAACUGAACGAUAUCUUGCUAUACUACAUCCCUACAGCUUUAAGAAACGCAUCACUAUCAGGAAACUCAGAUGGAUUGUUCCACUUUGUUGGGGGAUAAAUACUGCGGUGAAUACCCCAACACUUGCGGCUCUUUCUUACAGCAAAGAAAGGCACUUUUGCAUCGAAUCGUGGCCUGAAUGGGUCGAGCCGAGAGCGUACGUCGGAUUUGUCUUUAUGGUGGGGACAAGUUCAGUCGUUGCUAUGUUCGUACUUUAUUCCUUCGUUAUCUAUUAUUUAUGGAAAGGGCAACAUAACGCUAUAGAAGCAUCUCAGAAUGCUCGGCUUAAAAUGCGUAAAAGAGUCACCCAAAUGCUAGUGAUAAUCACUGUAUUACACGCCUGUUGUAGACUACCUAACUAUACAUUUUAUCUUCUUGCGUAUGUUGCUCCUGGAGCUGUGUAUGGUUCAAUGGUGUACAACGUGACGGUCUUAUUUAUCUUGUUUAACUCUGUUACCCAUCCGUUUUUGCUUUGCCUGCAUUUGAACACCUUCAGAAAAGGAAUCAAACGUUUGCUGGGCUGCGGAAAUUCGGUUGUUGAACCCGCAAAUCUUAUGGAAAGUACUGUUCAGUUUAACGCUGGAAGAAUAAACUACAACUUGCACCCUCUGGUAUCAUUCGAGCAUUCAAGUCAGUUGAUUGCUAGACAUUAAGCCUUCGUUAUUUAAGUCAUCAUACAUCACAAGAGUAUUCUUAAUAAGUGGUAUUGAGCAAUAAUUCGAAAGCACGCACACACAAAAAUUGCUGUUACAAGAUACUAAUCAAUUCUUGCUGGGUUUCACAAACCAAUGCAAAAGAUGAAUAAUGGUGAUAAAAAAAUUUUGAGGAGAGCGGAAAGUCAGAGAAAGUCGAGAGUUCUGAGAGGAAGAACCUGCAAUAAAACAGGAAAACAACACACUUAAUUGAAAACUCAGGAGAAGUGGAAAAGGCGAAAACAUUUACGAUAAACCACUUUUCACAGGAGAUGAAAGUUAAUCGUAAUAAAGUUAGAGAUGUCGCAGACAAGAUUGACUUGAACAAUUUUUUCAGCUAUCUAUUUACCGACAAUUUGAAGCAACGAAAUUUGACAACGAACGAUGUUGGAAAGCAACAGCGAGGAUUGACCACUAAGAUAGUAACCUAAGUCUGAGUAUAAAGAAGUACUUUUGUUUACCAGAUCAUUAAAAAAGUGAACAUUUUGUGAGACGUGAGCUACAGGAAUGCAUUAGCGAGGAACUCUGAAUGACUAGGUCAUUAAUCGAAGUMUAAUACGAAAAAAGUACUUUUGCUUCCCAGAUUAUCAAAAAAGGAAGGAAUUCGUAAGCUACUGGGAAUGCAACAGCGAGGAAUAACCACUACGAUAAUUUAAUCAGUCUGAUACGAAAGGUGACCGUUGGAUAGCGCUAUCCACUCUUCGUACAACMGGACMCAGUCUGAUACGACAUCGCGUGGUAAAAGAAUGAUCUAUAGAAGCAACAACGAGGAACUCAAAACAGCUGACGCAUGGAUGCAUGGGAGAGUAAGGUCUAUAAAUAUCUUGCAGUUUUUAAAGACAGUUCAAUAGCACGAAAAUGUAAUACCGAUCGAAAUGAUAAGCAAUAUAAAUGAUAAUCAAACUAAACAGC